GAUGGACAUGAGAAAUAAAGAACAACUGCUAUCAUGGGUGAAAGUGAUGAGAACGUGGAGCGAGGCAACUGGUCCUCGAAGGCUGACUACCUGCUCUCAAUGAUCGGCUGUGCUGUGGGUUUGGGCAAUGUUUGGAGAUUCCCUUACCUGGCUUACAGAAAUGGAGGAGGUGCCUUUCUUAUUCCUUACACACUCAUGAUGGUAUUUGUUGGGAUGCCAAUGUUCUUCUUGGAAUCUUCCUUUGGGCAGUUUGCCAGCCUUGGACCUGUUGCGAUAUGGAAAGCUGUGCCAAUUCUCCAAGGUCUGGGAAUCACUAUGGUCCUUCUCAUUGCUGUUAACACCAUUUCCUAUUGCUGCAUCAUUACCUACAGCCUGUUCUACCUGUUUGCCUCCCUCCAAUCCCCCUUGCCGUGGGCAGACUGCUUCAGCUGGUGGGGCGCUGAUGAAACCUGCAGCAGAACUCCCAGAGAUCCUCUUUGCAAUCUCACUAUGGAUGAUGGAUAUUUCAAAAUUGUUAAUGUGACAUGGUUGCUUGAAAACAAUAAGACUUGCUCAAAUGGAUCAGAAAGCCAUGUUCCUCCCCAGGGCCCAAGCCAGCAGUACUGGAACAAAGAAGUUUUACGCCGAUCAACUUCAAUUGAUGAGACAGGGGAGAUAGUCUGGCACUUAGCCCUCUGUCUGUUUCUGGCUUGGUUAAUUAUUGGUGCUUCAUUAUCUAAAGGAAUCAAAUCUUCAGGGAAGGUGGUUUAUUUUACUGCAUUACUUCCUUAUAUGAUUCUAACCAUACUUCUGAUUCGAGGACUGACCCUGGAAGGAGCCUAUAAAGGGAUUGAAUUCUAUCUUGGAAGCCAGUCAGACUUCUCAAAGUUGGCUAAUGCUGAGGUCUGGAAAGAUGCAGCAACUCAGAUUUUCUUUUCCUUCUCUGUGGGCUGGGGAAGUUUAAUAACCCUUUCAUCCUACAACAAGUUCCACAACAACUGUUACAGAGACACCAUCAUUAUCUGUGUUGUUAAUUGCGGUACAAGUGUGUUUGCUGGGUUUGCCAUCUUCUCCAUCCUUGGACACUUGGCUCACGUGCAAGAUAAACCUGUUUCAGAAGUUGCUCAGUCAGGUAUUGACUUGGCUUUCAUUGCCUACCCAGUGGCUCUUGGACAGCUGCCGUGGGCACCUCUAUGGUCUGUAUUGUUUUUCCUCAUGCUGGUCACCUUGGGACUUGACACUCAAUUUGCAAGUUUAGAAACAAUUAUAACAACAUUGAUGGACCAUUUCCCCAAGUUUCUGCAAUCAAGGCGGUUUUAUGCGACAUCUGCUGUUUGUUUAUUAGUUUACCUCGUUGGACUUGUAUGUGUGACCCAGGCUGGGAUUUACUGGAUAAAUUUAAUAGAUUAUUUCUGUACCGGAGGGAUCCUUAUAUUAUCGGCUCUAGUGGAACUCAUUGGAAUCAGCUGGAUCUAUGGUGCAGAGCAGUUCAUCAAGGAUAUUCAGAUGAUGAUUGGAAGGAAGAAUUAUAUCUUCUGGCUGUGGUGGAAAGUGUGUUGGCUCUUCAUUUCACCAAGCUUGCUGGCAGGCAUCUUAAUCUGGUCUCUGGCAACCUUAGCUCCACUGAAACAUGGAACUGUUGAAUACCCUGCCUGGGCAUCAGUACUUGUUUGGUGUAUGGUCACCCUUUCUGCGAUGUGGAUCCCCAUUGUUGCCAUUAAGGAAGUUGUCCAAGCUAAGGCCUCAUCCUUAUGGCAGAAAUUCUGCUCUGCUUGUGCACCAGCUCCUGACUGGGGUCCUUAUCUUGAGAAACACAGAGGGGGAAGAUACCAAAGGGCUUAUCCUACAAAAGCACCUAACCAUACUGAAUGUCUCACUGAAACUGGGGUAUUCAUGAAGCUGGAAAAGGAGGACGAAGUCGAGGGCCGGUUUAUUGUCUGGCACGAGGGGGCGGGUGAUCCUGAGGCUACGUGCAGGGAGGUUCAGGCGAGGGACGGGGUGGAGCCUGUGUGGGGAAGGAAAGUGAGGAAGAAAUCGAAACAGAUGAAGUCAGCCCCCGAGACCGCAGAACUCAUGCCCAUUUGCCCUGAAGUGGAGCGGGAGGCUCAGGGAAGUGCACAGUUGGACGGGGUGAUGGAAGCGGAGAGUAAUGCUCCAUCGGUGAAUCCCGCACCUGUGUGCUCCUCCGGCUUGAAGAGGAGGAGGGAAUGUUCCCCCAAGAGGGAGGAAAAUGUAGAUGCGGGGGAAUCCCAGAAAGGGGUGGGAAUCUGGGUGGAAGUUGUGACUAACCCUGAAUCCCCAGAUGUAGCCACCAGUCCUGUGGUAGGUGGUGUGGUUGUGCAGGAAGCUAGUACUAGGCCUGUUUGCACAACUAAAACAGACCUGGAGCCCUCCACUCAGGACUUAGCAGUAAGUGGAGGCAAGUGUAUUAAACAGUAA